AUGGCUCACUCUCUUGAGGAGAAUUUUUCCUAUGUUUUCAACUUGAUGGAGGAUAGUAACAGACCACAGUCACUGAUUCGUACUAUCCCCUGGGUGCUGUGGCUAAUUUGGAAGAACAGGAACUCAAUUCUCUAUGCAGAUACGCAAGAAUCGAUGGAGAGACUAUUAAGGGCCAUGUCAGAUGAAGUAGAACAAUGGUUUCUACUAAAUAAUACGCCAUCACCAGCUACAGACUUGAGCGGCAGAUUGGAGGAUCGUGAUAAAUGGUGCCCGCCAGCUAGUGGAUUCAUAAAAUGCAAUAUACAUGCGAACUGGAGGAAUGUCCAUCUACACAGUGGAGUGGCCUGGAUCGCAAGAGAUCAAGCUGGUAACGUUUCACAUCAUGCAAGGGACGCUAUAAUCCAUGCGCCUAAUCAUAUGGUGGCUGAGUUAAGAUGUGUGAUAUGGGCAUUGUCGAGUUUAAGAGAUCUUGGAGUGCCAAGGGUGAUUAUUGCUAUUGAUUAUCAUAAGGUAUUAGAAGCCAUUAAUGCACCUCGUCAAUGGCCUCGGUUCGGGGAUUUGCUAGAACAAGUGGUAAAUUUCAAGGAAGUUUUUGAGAGCUUAGUUUUCGAAGGGGAAAAGGUGUCGGCGAAUGGGAUUCCUCGCGACAUAGCUAAGAUUGUACUGCGAGAUGGACGAUUCCAUUCGUACUUAGCAUUUGGAGGGCCUUCAUGGCUGCAUGACCGGAUCGCUAGAUAA